AUGUCAACUAUUAUAAACAAAAUUAGUAAUCUUGAAGUACCAGAGAAUGGAAACAGUUCAGUUAAUAUAAUUUUGGGUGUAUUAAAUAUUUUUUUUUUCGGUAUGGGUAUGAUAAUAUUAGGAAUAAUAAAUAAAGAUAUAGAUGAUUUAAUAAUAGGUAUAUUACAAUUUAUUACACCAAUAGUUGGAUGGAUAUGGGCUAUUAUUUGGGGUGUUUUAAUUAUAAUUAGAAAUGCUAAGUAA